GAGAGAGAGAGAGAGAGAGAGAGAGAGAGAGUUUACGGACUAGUUGAUUCGUUGCAAUAAAAGGAACAUAAUAGCCUAAUGAUUUUCUUCAAUUGCCCACUACCUGCAGUUAUAUUGCAGGUGUGUUGCCGUCAGGUUAUUUAAAAGUCUUAUAUUUAUCAUUCUGAACAUUUACUAUAAGUCAGUUGUGUGAUUUAAUUAAUUGAAGAAACUUAAAUUAGUAUCAGUUUACACUAAUUUUCUCAAAAUUAACAUUUAUGGAUUUGGAGAAUAGCCUCGAGCCAUUCUUGUAUUGGCUUGGCAAAUUACAUUAUUAAACUCCCAAAUCAAAACAACAUUUGGAUAUUUUCGUGGAGAAGGAGACUGUGCCUAGGCUAUAGAAAACAUAAAUUGAAUUGACAUUUGAAUCACUGCUAUGUUUUGAGACGACAAACACCCGAGGCUGAUUCCAGGAUACUUGAUCCGUGUUCAUGCCGAGGACCAUGACCAUGAACGGUCACCAGACUCAAACCACAGUGCCGCUGGAUCUGAGCACCACAACGAGGGAGCGUGGGAGCGGAGCCGACAGGACUCCCACCAGCAAAGGUCGCUCCGCCAGAGUAAGAAUGCAGUAUCCCGCUGCCCCCCUCACGGAGGAUGACGGUCCAAACGGAAAUCCCAGACACACUGUGGAGCCGCUGGAGCAUCGUUGUGGAGUAUCGUUGAUAAAACCUCCUGUGAAAACGGGAAACCCGGCUUUUCUGGAGAAAAAACACUCACCAGCUGCAACUUCUCACACGCCAUUCACUCCGAACCCUGGUGAGAGCAGCAAAACAGACACACGAACACAGAACAUAUCUUCCUCUUGGCUUCCUUUUAGGAAACGUCCAUUUCCUUCUGAAUGGGAGACGCCGGAACAGUCACGUACCCCACCCGGGAGAGAGGAGCGCUUAUCCCCUUACAAAAACAAAGACUUGUGCUGCAGACCGAGUCCUCCAAAGAUUUUAUUAAAGAGCUACGACGAUGAGAGCAUUGGUACCCUGGCAUCGGUCUCACACAGACAAUUGUCCGCCGCCAGCGGUUUUGACAAUGAACACCAAAGCAUCGAUCCGGUUCGUUCAAUGCAGGCACCCCGUCCUUACUAUCCCUAUCCAGGGCAUCCAUUCUACUCCUGGCCCAGCAGGUCACCGCUGGUUGUGAACGUGCCUGUCUCUCACCUCCAGUCCUCUCUUUACCCGGGACACCUGCUGGCAGAUGUUGCCCUGGCGACUCGCCAAGACAACGAUGGCGACACGGCUCUUCACAUAGCAGUGGUGCAGGGGCAGGAAGCUCAGAUCCAAAGAAUGAUCCUUCUCCUGGAACUGGUUCACACAGACCUGGACAUCUACAACAACCUGAGACAGACCCCUCUUCAUCUGGCUGUGAUUACCCAUCAGGCCCACAUGGUGGGGGCGUUGUUACGUGCGGGUGCUGACCCGGGGGCUCUGGACCGUAACGGUCAGACAACGGUCCACCUCUGCUGUGAACACGGCCAGCAGGCCUGCCUCUCUGUCGUCCUUUCCCACCCCUCCAUCUUGACUUGCCUGGAGGUCAGGAACUAUGAGGGCCUCACCCCUCUCCACCUAGCUGUACAGGGUGGACACAAGGAGCUGGUCAGAAUGCUGCUGGAUGCUGGGGCAGACAUCAAUGCUAUGGACAUCAAGAGUGGCCACAGUCCUCUCAUACACGCAGUAGAGAACCACAAUAUGGACAUGGUGCACUUCCUCAUAGAGAAUGACUGUAAUGUGAAUGGCCAGUCGUACAGUGGGAACACGGCCCUGCACAGUGCCUGUGGGCGAGGCCAGGUAGACACAGCCAGGCUCCUACUGAAGAACAGAGCCGACAGCAGUGUGAAGAACUACCACAAUGACACCCCCGCGAUGGUGGCCAAGAACAAGAAGGUAACAGAUGUACUACGAGGGAAGGGCUCCAGAAACCAGCAGCCCAAAGCUCAGCAGUGUGUACCAGCCUCACCACACAGGAGCACACCCCAGUCACAGAUUAGAGGUUCUCCAUCUCCCAGCCUUUCACCAUUGGCCACUCCCACAGCUUCGCCUCUUCACCGCAGCUCGUCCCAUUCCCCCAAGGCACCUCCCACUCCCUCUCCUCACAGCCAAUCAGCAGAGAGCCUGUCAGGCCGUCAGUCUCCAUUGAAGAUCCGGGAGAGCGAGCAGCUGCCGGUGAGGCUUGACUCCGAUAGGAUGACUGCAGUGGACAUCAGCCUGACCCAGGGAAGGACCUACAGCUACCCUCCAGCAAUGCACCACCAGUCCCCCAUCACUGAUGCUCAAAUAGGGCAUUUACUAGCCUAUUACUCCCCUGGAGUCCAGAGACCUCUUUAUCCAGAGCCUCCCUUUAUCCUCCUCCACACCAAUAUCCCUUCCCCAGCCACUGUCUCUACUGCCUCCCAAUCAGAUGUCUCCAUCAUGUGUCAGCAGCAGCAUGGGCAAAGGUAACAGUUGACAGAGAUGCACUUUCAGUGUUGCUGCAAAGUUAGGUUCCACCACUGUUUGAGUUAUUGGUUGGUAACAAGAUAGUUUGUUUACUGUUGGACUAUAGAGCCUAUGCCAGUAUGAUUAUGUACCUCUAGAUCUCAGCUGGAUGCAUUUGUCAUGUGACUGCAUUAGUCUCCUUGCAAUGACACCUACACUGGAAGAAUGAAUGUUACUGCAGUUUCCUGAAUAGACUUCAUUCAGAACUGUUAUCACCGUGUGUGUGAUGGGCUGUUUGGAAACUGGUGCUCCACCAGGAGGUCUUGAAUGCUGCCACCUUACUUGAAAUUCGUGAUUAUUUUUUAGCUUUUUCUUUUCUGGUUUACUUUGAAUAAUAUAUUGUAUAAUUGAUAAAUAUUUUUCUACAUCAA